UGUGCUGGGUUGAAGAGGAGAGGGAGAGAGAGAGAGAGAGAGAGAGAGAGGGCUCCGGGCGCCCAGCCCCACGCCUGCUCCCUCCCCGAUCCCAGGAUCCCAGCCCGCUGCAGGCGGGUAGCUGCCUGUUUCCUCCUCCGCGCGUGGUUUGGAGUAACCCAGCAGCGACUGCUUCCCGGGAGGGGCAGGACUGUCCUCGCAGGUCCCCUCCUUGGCCAUGGGGGCCGUGAUGGGCACCUUCUCCUCUCUGCAAACCAAACAAAGGCGACCCUCCAAAGACAUCGCUUGGUGGUAUUACCAGCGUCAGCGAGAUAAGCUCGAAGAUGAGCUGGAGAUGACCGUGGUCUGCCACCGGCCGGAGGGGCUGGAGCAGCUGGAGGCCCAGACCAACUUCACCAAGAGAGAGCUGCAGAUCCUAUACCGGGGCUUCAAAAACGAGUGCCCCAGUGGUGUGGUGAAUGAAGAUACCUUCAAGCAGAUCUAUGCCCAGUUCUUCCCUCACGGAGAUGCCAGCAUGUAUGCCCAUUACCUCUUCCACGCCUUUGAUACCACCCAGACGGGCUCCGUCAAGUUUGAGGACUUUGUGACCGCCUUGUCCAUUCUCCUGCGAGGCAGCGUCCAUGAGAAGCUUCGGUGGACGUUCAAUUUGUACGACAUCAAUAAGGACGGGUACAUCAACAAGGAGGAGAUGGUGGACAUUGUCCAGGCCAUCUACGACAUGAUGGGCAAGUACACCUACCCCGUGCUCAAGGAGGACACCCCCCGGCAGCAUGUGGACAUCUUCUUCCAGAAAAUGGACAAGAACAGAGAUGGUGUCGUGACUUUAGACGAAUUCCUUGAGUCCUGUCAGGAGGAUGAUAACAUCAUAAAGUCCCUACAGCUGUUCCAGAAUGUCAUGUAACCACUGGGGACACAGGAUACACGGUGACCAGCCCCUGCUCUGACUCUCCACGCCGCCAGGAUGGACCCUGGGGGGAAGGACUCUUCUGCCCGAGACGUUCGCCGGCUCCUCCCCUGGACAGCCAGCCCCUGUCCCUUGAGGAGGAGACAGGGGGAAACACGGGGUUUGACCGGGAAGCAUGUUCCUCUUGUCUCGCCGCUGUCCUCUGCUUGAAAGGUCGUGCACCUGCUCUGCCUGCCCGCCACCUCCACCGAAAGCAAGAUGACGGUGACUUGAGCCAAAGCCACCCCCUCCCCCAGACCACUGUGCCUGGUCCCCUCUGGGGGGGGGGGGUGGGAGGGACAGACCACGCUGGGUGAUGGGGACAGUGGGCCCUGGGGGCAUGGACUGGCUGGGGCUCAAUUUUGCAGCCCUGCCUGGUUCAAGGACUGUCCAGGCCCUCCUCCUUCCCCAGGCUGUGCACCCCGCGGGCAUGAGUCCCAGGACUAGGGGGCAGCCCGUGGCCAGCACGCCUGCCCGUCCCCUGCUUCGGUCCCCUGAACUGCAUGCCCCGCCCGCUGCCCAGAAUGCCUGCAAACUGCUCUGAUUUUCUGCUUCCCUCUGCCCAAUAAACAGGACUGUUUCUUAA